GCACAGAGGAAUAUAUUCCAUCGCUGGUUUCUUCCUUAGUUGUUCUUCUUUCCUUCUUUAUAUCUACCAUGGCUUCCUUGCUAGAGAAAGCUUUAGGAUUUGAAGUUUUCGCAUUUAUAUACCGCUGUUUUAUUUAUCAAGAUCAUCACAAAAACGUCAAUAGGAACUUCAAGAUGCCAAAGAAGGGUCGACCACUUUCCUUACAGACCGUUGAGCUGAAAGUAAGGAUGUGCUGCACAGGCUGCGAGAGAGUUGUUAAAAACGCCAUUUACAAACUCAAAGGCAUUGAUUCAGUGGAGGUUGACUUAAAGAUGGAAAGGGUGACAGUUGGUGGGUAUGUUGACCGAAACAAGGUGCUUAAGGCCGUGAGAAGGGCAGGGAAGAGAGCAGAAUUCUGGCCUUACCCUAAUCCACCACUUUACUUCACAACUGCUGACCAUUACUUCAAAGAUACGACCAGUGAGUUCAAACAAAGCUAUAACUAUUAUAGACAUGGCUACAACCUCCCAGACAGGCAUGGCACUUUUCAUGUUUCUCACCGUGGAGAUGACGAUGUUAGCAACAUGUUCAAUGAUGAUAAUGUCAAUGCUUGCUCUGUCAUGUAAUUAAACCUUAACACCUUGUUAUUUAUUAUGUGUAUUGCUAAUUGGGAAGACUUUCAUCAUGAUAUGUAAAUUUGAAGUAACUGCAAUGUAUAUAUGUGUGUGUUCUAUGUAUUAAACGUGGGUUGUGCUUUU